AUGACCGCCCAUCGUGUGCUGAUAUACCUGCUACGACGAGACCUCCGACUUCCAGAUAAUCCCGUCUUCCAAGAGGUCAAUAAGCUCAGCCAGCAGGCGGAAAAACCAUUCACUCACCUUCUCCCCGUCUAUGUUUUCGCAGCCCAGCAGGUCGAGGUCUCUGGAUUCCUCUCUGAACCUGGAUCCAAGUCACCAUUCCCCGAGGCGCGUUCAGAGGUGGGAAAGUUCUGGAGAUGUGGACCUCAUAGAGCCAAAUUUCUCACCGAGUCGAUUUGGGAUCUCAAAUCUCAGCUUGAGGGUUUAGGUAGUGGUCUCUUGGUCCGUGUCGGCCUUGUGGGCCGGGUCGUCGAAGACAUUCUGGAUCAGUUCCGACAAGCUGAGGAAGUGUCUGUGUCGGCGAUAUGGAUGACUGAGGAGGAAGGGGUGGAGGAGAAACGAGAGGAGCGGGACGCCCGCAAAGCCGCUGAGAAGUUCGGGACAAGUUUCAGAUUAUGGCUGGACGAGAAAUACUUCAUCGAUGACCGAGAUUUACCGUUCGAUAAACCAUCUGAUCUUCCAGAUGUCUUCACGAGCUACCGCAAGUCGGUCGAGCCGUUAAGAGAUGCGCCACGAAAACCCCUCCCUCCGCCAUCAUCGCUGCCGCCGCUGCCAACCUUCUUGCCGUUACAAACCCGCCCUUUCACGAUACCUGACACGUUUGAGAAGUUGAAAUCGGCGCUGAUGAAACCGCUCAUGGCCAGCCCGCCUCUCUCCAAGCCUCCUCUUUCCCCUUCCUCAGGAGUUGCUUCUGCUUAUCCUUUCCAUGGGGGCACUGCGGAAGGACUGAAACGCAUAGAGGGACUCAUUCGAUCGGGCGCCAUGACUAGAUAUAAAGAUACCCGCAACGGCUUGUUAGGAACAGACUUCUCCACCAAACUUUCCGCUUGGCUAGCGCUCGGUUGCAUCACCGCCCGUCAAAUACAUUUCCACUUGCUCGAGUUCGAGGAAGGUCGGGAUGACCGAUUCCGGGACACAAAAGGAUACGGGAAAGGUGAGAAUCCAGGCACUGCUGCUGUGCGCUUUGAGCUUUUAUGGCGAGACUAUAUGAGGCUCUCUACACGAAAAUUUGGUUAUCGGUUGUUUCGGCUCGAGGGGUUUCGGAACGAUCACUCUUAUCCGUGGAAGACACCUGGUAGCAAAGGUAGCGGCCCGGAAGUUGCAGAAAUGCUGGACAGAUUUUUGCGCGGGACAACCGGGACUUCGUUGAUCGAUGCCAGUCAACGGGAACUCUACCACACAGGCUACACAAGCAACCGAGCCCGACAAAACGUGGCAAGCUUCCUAGCUAAGCACCUGGGGAUCAACUGGAAGCUGGGGGCCGAGUGGUAUGAAUGCAUGCUGACCGACUACGACGUCAGCUCCAACUGGGGCAACUGGCAAUACGUGGCUGGAGUGGGGAAUGACCCUCGAGGUGAAGCCAGAGUGUUCAACCCGAUCAAACAAGGCUGCGACUACGAUCCCCAAGGUGAGUAUUGCAAGGCUUGGGUGGAAGAACUACGUGGUCUGGAGGACGCGCAGGAAAUAUUCCAGCCAUGGAAAGUGAGCUCGGCAAGGAGAGCCGCAUUAGGGCUCGAUGGGCUCGACACGGUGGCGCGCCCACUCAAGAAGAUUGAAUUCAAGGUGGGCGGCAAAGGCAGAAGCAGUGGCAGUGGUGGUGGCCGGUAUGGAGGGAAAAGUCGAGGAAGAGCCACGACUAAUGGCGGAGGAGAGAAAGCGGGAGGGCGAGGCGGCGGCAGCUUCGGGGCGAGAGGAGGGUAUCGUGGCCGAGGGAAGCAUGAUACAGGUCGCGAGCAAGGUCGUCAGGGCCGAGAAUAG